GUCAAGGUGAGAAAUGCUCAAGGGGAGGGCAUCGCUUAUGUUGUCACGUUUGCUCUGGUUUCGCACGUUUCAUACUCAAUCGGUCACUUUCAGUGGAUUGGAAAAGUUUGGAUCAGACUGCUAGGAAGGAUCUUCUUAACAAGAGUUUUUGUUCUGGCAGUUCUCUUUCAGGGACUUUUUGCAACAGCUGACCCCUUGAGGUUAUUUUUGUGGUGAACGAACCUUAUGCAUUAAGAUGACUGGCGAAAACCGAUCAGCCAUUAAUCAAUAUGAAGAGGACCAGUCAGCAAAAUUAUGGCGCAAGAUGAAAGAGGCUCCAUUUGUUCCUCUUGGCAUUGCUGGUCUGUUAGGAGCUGUGACAUAUGGCAUCGUUCAGUAUCGAAACCGUGGUAGCAUGUCAACUUCUGUAUAUAUUAUGCGUUUUCGUGUUUUUGCUCAAGGCAUGGUAGUGGGUGCCAUCACAAUUGGAGUGGGAAUCAAUAUAUUUAGCAAUUGUGGGAUCGUAACAAGCCAAAAUCUGACUAGCUUUACAUCAUUUCUUUUUUUUUUUGAAUUUAUUGCCUUGCGGCCAUAGAAAGCACGAUUGUGAAGAGAACAGAACAAAGAACCAAGGGCAGAUAGAAAUUAUGGUUGAUUAUGUGUCAUCAAAAGAAGGGUGGCUGCUGCAGUAAAUGUCUGGGUAGCAUAAGCCAUUUCUAUAGUUUUUCUUUAGGUACCAAGUGUUCUUCAGAAAAAUAGUAUAUUCCAAGCAGUCUGUAAGGUCUGCUGCAGGUUUUUCAUACUGUAAGAAUGAUCUAGCUACAAAAUAAGAUCCAUAUUUUGUCAAAUGUACAGACUAUUUUUACUAGUGGGAUUAUACAAUCAAAAUUUUAUGUACUUGUAAGAGAUUGUUGGUUGUUAUUAAAAUACAGUGUAUUAGGGAUCUUUGUACAUGAUAUAGAGUGUAAAGUCUGGGAGAUGCAAGCGUACAACUGGUAAGGAGAUUAUAGACUAACAUUUUAAAUUUAGCAUACAUCAAUCUUCAGUGGAACAAGUUAACCAGCAUUUUUGUUAAAUAAGUCAGCUUAGUUUUGAUUAAAAAAAAUUUUAAUAGAUUUGCUUUUGCACAUGGUCCAUGUUCUUUUCUCCCACUUUUGCAUUAAAACUGUGAUGGAGAUGUCGGAAGUUCAAAUUUUGAGUUCGACAUUAAUGUCAGCUGAUUCUAAUUAUAGUGUUUGAAUUGUCAGUAAGAAUGUUCUGGUUUUAAAGAUGUUUGUAGUACUGAAAGGCAAACUAUAUUAUUGUUGAUGAUUGAAUCAAAAGGUGUCAAGAAAUGCUUGUCAGCAUUUUCAUUUUGACAUUCUAUUGAAAGUUUUUCAUUAGCUCAUCAUAUUUUACUACUAGUACUGGCUUGUGUAAUUUAUUUAUGAGUACUCUGUCACACUUUUAUAGAUCUGAAUGUGUUGAUGGUGGUACUUGUGAUACUAAAGUCACUUAAGUAAAACAAGUUUUGAGUUGUGUAGUUAGUAUUACACUUUACAAUAAAACAGUUGUGGCAUUACAACAUAUAUAAUUUGCUGUUCUCUGGGUUUUUUUACUGGCUGCUUAGUUUGAAGGAUGCAUAAGAUGACAAUUGUAUUUGCAGUACUCUUCUUUUUUUCUUAGCUUUGUAAAAUUUACAGUUGCAUCCCUAAUCCUUGUCAUCAGAAUGUGUCUGUACAUAAAAAAAAUUGACAGCUUUGUCAUACCAAAGUCUAUUAGUAUUUUCUUACCUUUUCAACAAAGGAAGUUAUAUCACAAAAUGUUGGUUUCUUUUCCUUUAAAAACAGUGUCACUCUUAGAUUGGUCUGUGGAUUAAAUAUUUUAUUUCUUU